AUGCUAGAUGGACCUUCGACCCAUAUUCUCCCAGUCCUCCUAAGUCUCCGUAAACCGCCCGCCCUUGCAUGUCUUGCACUUUCAUUGCAAGCUCAUAAUGCAUCGCCUAACUACAUUACCACCAUUUUACAAUGUGUUGGUCAUUGCGACAGCAUUGGAUAUCUCCUUCUUUCCCUGCCUCUACAGAAUCAUUCCCUUUCAGCAAUGAUUUGGCCAGGCACUUCUUCAGCAGUCCGUGUCAGACACUUGGCGAUUGACUCCUUAGAUGCUACAGGAGCAUCCUCUCUUUCCGCAGGAGAUGCAUUGGCGUUAUCUGCGGUGUGGAUUGAAGCUUUUCCUGAAGUCAAGCGUUGA